GCCACCGCCGCCACCGCCGACGUCGCUGCUGCCGCUAUUGAAGACGCCGUGAUGGUUGGGGGACGCUACUUUAGUCCCGACGCCGACGCCCGGUACACCACUCGCCAGUUGUUCUCCAGUCGACGUUUCGCGCGCUUUUACCACAACAAUCGCCUCAAAAUCAGCCAGUGCCCAGUAGCUCCUUGGAAUCCAUCGCCGCAAGCUCCAUCAGAAAAUAAGUAAAAAUGGGCAACAUUACGAGGCUUACCUUGAUCAAGCUCCUUGAACUUAUAUUGGUAUGCAUUCUUUUGGGUUUGCAAUAUCAUACGUAUAUUGGAGAUUUGCACGAGCAGAUGUUAGCCACCGGAACUUUCGGUGGUUAUCUUAUAAUCCUCGUAGGUCUAUUUGCUGGUGGAAUCAUGGCAACUCCGGUAAACCGCCGUGUUGAUUUAUUCUUCAGUUUGGUUGGCUGUGCCCUAUUCAUCGCCGUUGGCUCAAUGGUCAUCAGUAACCACCAGUACUUGGCCAAUAGCUCAGUUCGUGAUAAAUACAUGGCCAAGGGCUCCAUCAGUAUAAUCGAGGGAUUCAUAUUCCUCGUUGACGCGAUUCUCACCUUUAGAGGCGAAGCAUAAAUGAGCGCUCGCUCGCACCGUUUCCUUAUCUAUUACUCUGCCUCUUUGUCUUGUUGCUACGUGAAAGAUGUUCUAUGCGAGCUUUCCGCAAUCCCUCGGUCACGAACCAGAAGCCAACAAUUUUGUCGACUGCUGAGCCAGCCUCUACACUCAAAAGCGAUGGAAUGUGUCAGGGUGAAUCCAUUAUCACUACAAUUGCCAAUGUCUAAAACACAUUGCAGCCAAGCCUGAUAUACGACUUUGCGUCUGUUGUAUACAAUAAAAACCUUCGUUAAAUGUAUAAU